AUGCCCAGACCGUCCGCCACCACCCCGCACAACUCGCGCGCGACCCCGUCCCCCUUCGGCUUCAGUGAACGCACCCAGGCCGCCCCGCUCCGCAACGGCAAACUCGCAGCGAGGGACUACUACGACGACAGCCAGGCCAACCUCAGCAUCGACCAGGUCGAGGACCUCCGCCGCCAGUCCAACCUCAGCACCUUGUCGCUCUCGCCCCGCCGACCCUCGUCCCUCGCCCACUCUGGCUCGACCACUACCGCCCGCCCUCGCCGUGGCACGCCCCUCGCCUUUGCCCGACCAGGCGACGCCGCCGACGACGACAACACGGGCUUCCUCGCCGCCCACUCGGUCGACGACGGCGCCCCCUGGACCUUGGUCGACCGCCUGCGCAACUGGCGCAACGACGCCAUGACCCAGCACCUGUACGACUCGGCAAAGUUCUGGGGCGGCAAGGUCCUCGAGCUCACCGGCAACGCCGACGACGCCUUCUGGCUCGCCCAGACCCACUUCCUCACGCACCAGUUCGCCCAAGCCGAGCGCAUCCUCACGUCUCCUCGACCCCCUUCAUCCGCCUCGACCUCGACUGCGCCGCCCGUGCGCCUCACCGACGUCAGCCUCGCGUGCCGGUACCUCGCCGCCCAGUGCCAGGUCCGCCUCGGCAAGUGGGACGACGCGCUCGAGAUGGUCGGCCGACGGGGCGUGCUCGGCGCCGACGUGCGCGACGGCAAGGGCGACGGCGGCAUCAAGCUCACCGCCUCGGCCGCACACCUGCGAGGGCUCAUCCACCUGCACAUGAAGGCGACCGAGCUCGCCAAGGAGGCCUUCAUGGAGGCCCUGAGCCGCGACGUCAAGUGCUUCGAGGCGUUCGAGAUGCUCGUCGGCGGCGAGAUGAUGUCGAGCGAGGAGGAGUGGGACUUCAUCCAGGGCUUGCCCUUUCACGCCCAGACCGAGGACGACGCCGAGUUCGUGCGCAUGAUGUACACGGUCCGCCUCAAGAAGAUCUCGCACAACAACGACAUGGCGAUCGCGCGACAGCGGCUCUCGGACGAGUACGGCCUCGGCAACGACCCGGACGUGCUGUGCAGCAGGGCCGACGAGCUGCACAGCGCCAUGCGGUACGCCGAGUGCUUCAAGAUCACGACCCACAUCCUGUCGAUCCACCCGUCGCACCGCCUCACGCUGCCUCUGCACCUCUCGUGCAUGCACCACCUGCCCAACCUGCGGUCCAAGCUGUUCCUCGUCGCGCACGACAUGGUCGACAACGAGCCGGACGACGUCAUCAGCUGGUACGCCGUCGGCCUGUGGUACUUUGCUGGCAAGCGGUGGGAGGAGUCACGCAGGUUCUUUGGCAAGGCCGUCCUCAUCGACCCGCGCUUCGGCCCUGCAUGGCUCGCGUACGCACACUCGUUCGCGCACGAGGGCGAGCACGACCAGGCCAUCACGGCCUACUCGACGGCGCAGCGGCACCUGCCCGGGUCGCACCUCCCGCUCCUCUUCAUCGGCAUGCAGCACCUCGGGCUCGCCAACGUCAAGCUCGCCCAGGAGUACCUCGAGGCGUCCAAGGAGAUCUGUCCAGACGACCCGCUCGUCCUCAACGAGCUUGGCGUCGUCGCACUGCAGAACCAGGAGUUCGACAAAGCUGCCCAGCUGUUCCGCGAGACGCUCGGCGUCGCUCGGCACGUCCAGAGCUCGCCGGCGGCCUGGAGCGCGACGCACCUCAAUCUCGGCCACGCGUACCGCAAGCUCAAGCUGUGGGACAAGGCGCACGCCGCGUUCCGCAAGGUGAUCGAGCUCGACCCGCGGUCGGCGGGCGCGUACGCCGCCCUCGGCAUCGUCGAGCACCAGCGCGGCAACAUGCAGGAGUCGAUCGCGAGGUACCACGAGGCACUAUCGCUCGCACCGGGCGACCCAGUCACGUGCGACCUCCUCAAGCUCGCGCUCGACGACGUCUCGACGCAGAUCUCGGCGCUCAAGCUCCCCUUCCCGGGCCUGCCGGCGCGCACGCUGCGCAACAUCGACGAGCAGGUCGCCGCGCUCGAGGACGACAUCCUGUGCGGGCGCGGGCUCGCCGACGAGGUGCGGGACGAGGCGAGGGCGCGCGAGGGAGACGGAGCCGGCGAGCUGAGUCGGGUCGGGGAGGAGGACGAGGGGGUCGAGGGGAGCGAGAUGCUGCAGAGCAUGGCUGUGUCGCGCAGCGAAGACGGGAUCGAGGUCAGCAUGGAGGAGGAGGACGACGACGAGGGCGACGAUGAGGGCGACGAGGGCGAGACGAUGGACAUGACGGGCGAGUGAGACUGUCCUCGUCGCAGCGCCCGAGCGUGCAACGAGUCGUGCCUCUCGUCUCCCGAU